ACAGUUGUUAGUAAAGCAGCGCAUCCCUUGUUCAUUUUCUCUAGCCCAUUAUCCGCUCCACAUCCAGCAGCCUGACCUCUCCAGCAAUACUGCAGCAGGCAGUCAGUGUGGAGCAGGUGGAGCUAGUGACAUGCAGGGGCUGUGGCUUCUCUCAGGCUCCGCUUUCCCCCUGCACUGGCUAAGCCUGGCUCUGGGCGGGCAGAUGGCUUUAGAGGUUGGGCUUUGGCCGCACUGAAAGCCGCUGCUGCUUGGGAGGCCCCUGUUCAUUGCUUCUGUUCUGCCUCUCGCUGCUGCUGCUGCUGCCGCUGCUACUGCUGUCGCAAGCAGCAUCACUUUGCCCGUGGAUCGCAGGUUUUGCCGACCUCUGCAAUGAUCGUUCAGGACACAGGAUCCCUGCUCCACUGACGGAUACCAAACUUUGCCUAAAUUCUGAAGUCACUACUGAAGCCCCUUUGCAGAAGCAUAACCUGCAAAUACAAUGAUGCAUCUCCAGUCAAGAGUUUAUUCAGCUGUGAUGACAGAAGAGAAGAAAUGAUUUGAAACUGUUCAAAAUACAAUGAAAUUAUUCAGACUUCAAGACAAUGAAAAAAAAUUUGCUGCGGGAUUUCAGAUAUUUUGAAAGAUCCACAAAUUUCUGAAGAGAAUUUUGUGGGUUAUUAUGUUGCCUUCUGUGGAUUACAAAAUGAUAAAUGAAAUAGGAACACUGGUUGAACACUUUGCCUAAAAGACCAAAGAAAUAAUGGCUUCAAAGGUCUCGUGUUUAUAUAUAUUGACAGUUGUGUGCUGGGCAAGUGCCCUGUGGUAUCUAAGUGUUACUCGCCCAACUUCUUCAUACACAGCCCACAGAGUAGGCAAUAUAGCCAUUAUUCAAAAAAAUGUUACAUUUGGUAACAUAAGAACUCGACCCAUAAACCCGCAUUCUUUUGAAUUUGUUAUAAAUGAGCCGGAAAAAUGUGGAAACGACAGUCCUUUCCUGGUAAUUCUUAUAAGCACAACCCAUAAGGAGUUUGAUGCAAGACAAGCAAUUCGAGAAACCUGGGGAAAUGAAAGCAACUUUAAAGGAAUUAAAAUUGUCACGCUUUUUCUUUUAGGCAAAAACUCAGAUCCAGUCUUAAAUCAGAUGGUUGAGCAAGAAAGUCAGAUCUUUCAUGAUAUUGUUGUAGAAGACUUCAUAGACUCCUACCAUAACCUAACUCUCAAAACACUGAUGGGUAUGAGAUGGGUAGCCACCUUCUGCUCAAAAGCAAAAUAUGUCAUGAAAACAGACAGUGAUAUUUUUGUAAAUAUGGAUAACCUGAUUUAUAAGUUACUGAAACCCACCACAAAGCCUCGGAGAAGGUACUUUACUGGAUAUGUUAUAAACGGAGGACCUAUAAGGGAUGUUCGGAGUAAGUGGUACAUGCCUAGAGACUUAUACCCAGAGAGCAAUUACCCUCCUUUCUGUUCAGGAACUGGCUAUAUUUAUUCUGCUGAUGUUGCGGAACUCAUUUAUAAAACUUCUCUUCAUACCAGACUUUUGCAUCUUGAAGAUGUCUAUGUAGGGCUUUGUUUACGGAAGCUUGGUAUUCACCCAUUUCAAAACAGUGGCUUUAAUCACUGGAAAAUGGCCUACAGCUUAUGUAGAUACCGACGGGUAAUCACAGUGCAUCAAAUAGGUCCUGAAGAAAUGCACAGAAUUUGGAAUGACAUGUCAAGCAAGAAGCAUCUUCGAUGUUAAGACAUUUAGAUGACUGUUUUUAUUAUUGAGAUGGAUGGUGGAUAUUUUGAUAUGCAGGUAACCAAGAAAAGAAGCAGAAACGUGAUUGGAUUUUUUUACAGUGCUUGUCUAUUUACUUUUGCAAUCUGCUGUAUAUAGAGAUUUGACAUAUUGACUAGCGCGCAUCAGAAGUGACAACUGUCUAAAAAUGUACUUGUUGAUCCAGUAUUUAUGAAGAUGCAAUUGUCAAUUUAUGAAUCUGAUGUUGUUUGGUUAAUGAACUUGGAAUGUAAUGUAGAGUGCACAAACACAUACAAAGGACUACACCUCCUGUCUCGUGUGAUCCCUAUACAGUAUUUUUUGCAGCUGAAACAGAUCUUAUCUCUUAUCUUAUAUUAUCCUAUAUAUCAUAAUACAAUGUUUAUGCAAAAAAAAAAGUUGAAAGGAUUGGCAACAACAAAACUUUCAUUUGCAUUAAUAUUUCAGUAAUUCAUACCCAAAUAUAGUUUUUGGAGCCAAAACCUGUUUUUUAUUUUAUUGUAGUUUACUUAUUACUGCCUCUGUAAGUGGAUCAUGUUAAUUAAAGGGCAAAUUUAUUUGUCUAAAGCA